AUGUCGACUACCACCACCCUCCCGCAAUUCGAAUCCGUCUUCCACCAAGUCCUCUCCGACCUCCGCCAACAAUGUCGCGAGGACUAUAAACUCCCAACUCAGGUGUGGGAAUGGUUCGAAAAGUCCCUCAUCCACAACACCGUCGGCGGGAAAUGUAACCGCGGGCUGUCGGUCAUCGACUCUGCGCGUCUCCUCCUCGAUCGGGAGCUUACAGCAGACGAAUACUUCCACGCCGCGAUCCUAGGGUGGAUGAUCGAACUCCUCCAAGCCAUGAUGCUCGUAUUGGAUGAUAUCAUGGACGCAUCACAUACUUGUCGAGGAAAGCCAUGCUGGUACCGCGUCCCCAAGGUUGGCAUGACAGCUGUCAACGAUGCCGCGAUGCUAGAAAGUGCCAUUUAUGUGUUGUUGAAGAAGUAUUUCAAGAGAAGGCCUGCAUAUAUCGAAAUAACCGAACUCUUCCACGAAAUCGCCUUCAAAAUCGAACUCGGCCAAUCCUACGACAUGCUCAUCGGCCCAGACGACCACAUCGACUUUACGAAUUUCACCAUGGAGAAAUAUACCGAGAUUGCGGUAUACAAAACGGCGUAUUAUAGCUUCUACCUCCCCGUUGCGUUGGCAUUACUGGACACCGGGAAAGCCACACCACGGAAUUUGGCCCAAGCAGAGGAUAUCUUAAUCCCGAUGGGGGAGUACUUCCAAGUUCAGGACGAUUAUCUGGAUGCGUUUGCGGAUCCGGUGGUCCUGGGGAAAGUGGGCACGGAUAUUAGGGAUAAUAAGUGUUCGUGGUUGGUGAUUCAGGCGUUGGAGAGGUGUGAUUCGUUUCAGAGAGGGGUGUUGGAGGAGAAUUAUGGGAGGAAGGAUGAUGGGUGUGAAGCGGUGGUGAAGGGAUUGUAUGUGGAGUUGGGGUUGGAGGGGGUCAAGGAGUUGAGGGGAUGA